CCUUGUAUAAUUAACUGCACAGCUGGAGCUUCUGAUCCCUCCACGUCUGCUCCUUCCUUUCCUCCUUUCUUCCCCCCUGCAUCCACCUGGGCGCGAUCCGGGCGCGCUGCUCCUCCUCGGGAGCGUCACUGGGGCAGGAAGGUUCCCUGCAUUCUGCAUUCCAGAGCCAUUCCUGGCUGAGACCAGCACCAGGCAGAGCCUGCCUGCCUCAGAGGGGGCUGAGAGACGGGAGCUGGAGCAGAGAGCGAGCAGGGAAACCUCUGACCCUGUCUAGGCCAUGGAAACGGGGAGCGCAGCCAGGACGAACGGCACCGCCAGCAAGCCCGAGGACGUGAAGAGCCCAACUGCCCCCAAAAAAGAAGAGGAAGCCAAGAAGGCCACGAGCCCUGGCGGAGGCGAGAAAGAAGCUAUAAAAGGCACGGGCGGUGCUGCGUUGGAGACAGGGCAAAUCAAGAGCUCCCUCUUCUCUGGGAGUGACUGGAAGAGGCCCAUCAUUCAGUUUGUGGAGUCAUCCGACGAGAAGAGGUCAACCUACUUCAGCAUGGACUCGGCAGACUCCAAGAAGAUGCAGUUCGCCAGCGGCCAGAUCGGAGACAUGAGGAGACCGGCCCUGAACUUCCCGGAGAAGGGCGACCUCAGGAAGUCCCUCUUCUCCUUGGAUUCCAAAAAGAGCUUCCUGCCCACUGACGGGGAAGGGAGGAAGUCCCUGUUCUCUGCGGGGCAGAUGGGGGACCUGAAGAAAUCUUCCCUGCCUCUGGUGGAGACGGGGGACCUGAGAAGACCCUUCAACAAAGCCGACAGAGCCGCGGGCUCGCGGCCCCGCGUCAAGCUGGAGGACGUUCUCUGCGACUCCUGCAUCGACAACAAGCAGAAGGCUGUGAAGUCCUGCCUGGUGUGCCAGGCUUCCUUCUGCGAGCUGCACCUCAAGCCCCACCUGGAGGGAGCGGCGUUCCGGGACCACCAGCUGCUGGACCCCAUCAGGGACUUCGAAGCCAGAAAAUGCCCUGUGCAUGGCAAGACCAUGGAGCUGUUCUGCCAGACGGACCAGAUGUGCAUCUGCUACCUCUGCAUGUUCCAGGAGCACAAGAACCACAGCACGGUGACAGUGGAGAUCGAGAAGGCGGGGAAAGAGACCGAGCUGUCGCUGCAGAAGGAGCAGCUGCAGUUGAAGAUCAUCGAGGUGGAAGAUGAGGUGGACAAGUGGCAGAAGGAGAGGGACCGCAUCAAGAAUUACACGACCAACGAGAAAGCCACGGUGGACCAGCACUUCAAGGAGCUGAUCCGUGACCUGGAGAGGCAGAGGGACGAGGUGAAGGCUGCCCUGGAUCAGAGGGAAAAGAUUGCCUCAGAGAACGUGAAGGAGAUCGUGGAUGAGCUGGAGGAGAGGGCGAAGCUGCUGCGGGAGGACAAGGAGAACAGGGAGCAGAUCCACCAGAUCAGCGACUCCGUGCUCUUCCUGCAGGAAUUUGGGGCUCUGAUGAGGAAUUACGUGCCCCCUCCAUCCCUCCCAACCUACAGCGUGCUGCUGGAAGGGGAGAGCAUGAGCCCAUCCAUGGGGCUGCUCAGGGACGACCUCCUCAACGUCUGCAUGAGGCACGUGGAGAAGAUCUGCAAGGCAGACCUGGGCCGCAACUUCAUCGAGAGGAACCACAUGGAGAACGGGGACCACCGGUUCAUGAUGAACAACUACGAGUGGAACCAGCCCGACAACCUGAAGAGAUUCUCCAUGUUCCUGUCUCCCAAAGCCAAUUUCAACCCACGGUCAUGGGAAUUUUCCUCCUUCCAAGCGACCGAGGAAACACUUGUAGGCAAUGGCACUAAGCUGCCUUUUCAGUUCUCCUCGGUGGGACAGAAUCCGCCCGGUGACUUCAGCAAACAGUCUGAUGGGAGCCUCUUCACUAAGACCGCCUACCCUUCCAUAGUGAGGCACCAGUCUGCAAAGGUGACACCACAGACGUGGAAAUCCUCCUCCAAGCAGUCUGUAUUGUCCCAUUACCGCCCCUUCUACGUCAACAAAGGCAACGGAGCCACCUCCAACGAGGCACCCUGAGGAUGAGAGGAGAGCCGAGGCUCAGCUGAGGAUUCCCAUGGAUGUCCCUGCUCCUACCGACCCCCCUGCUCCCCUCUGUGCCAGGGCACACCAGGACUUUUCCCUCUUUGUCCCCUCCUUGUCCCCCCAGCUGCUCUGCCCCUCUGGGAAUUGUGGAUGCUUCGGUGGCACCCCCUGCUAGGCAGCUGUCCCCUUGUCCCCAGAGCUGUCAAACCCUGCUGGAUGCCCCAAAGCUCUUCCCAGCCUCCAGAUUUCCUCUCCACCCUGGUGUCACAUCCCCUGGUGGCAUCACAUGUCCCCAUCAGCUCAGCUCUGCUCCUCACCUGCCCAAAAAACCCCAGCAGGAUUUUUCCCAGAGCUGGGAAUUGUGGCACCCCCUGCCAGGCAGCUGCCCCUUGUCCCCAGAGCUGUUUAACCAAAGCUCUUCCCAGGCUCCAGCUUUUCCUCUCCACCCUGGGGACACCCAGCUCCUUCUGGGAUCACAUCCCUUGGUGGCAUCACAUGUCCCCAGGGUCCCCAUCAGCUCAGCUCUGCUCCUCACCUGCCCAAAAACCGCAGCAGGAUUUUCCCAGAGCUGCUGGAGGACAGGGAGGCUUUCCAGCCUGUUCAAGUGCCCCUCCAGCCACCUCUUUGAAUUAAGAAAUAAAAAACAAAUCCAUCCUUGUAAUACAAGAUUGAUUAGAUGCCAUAGGUGCUGGGUGCUUUUCUAGUUUGUGGUGGUUUUUCUUAAUUCCCUUAAACCAAAAUUGAUUUAUAUGCUGGAGUUCAUGUAUUUUAUUUUUUUUUUCCCUGCAGUGGGCAAUAAGAAUUACUGCCACAGCUUUUUUUUUUUUUUUGCUCAGGAUAAUAUUUUUGUAUUUGUCCCCUGGACAGAUGAAUCACAUCCAGGGCUGGAGAACCAUCCCAUGAUCUCCCUGAGGUGAUUUUCCCUCUCCAUGGACAAGCUGAGGGGUUCAGUCCAUGCCCUACAGGGGGAGAAAUGGGAAUAAGAGCCCUCAAAUGCUGAAAACCAAGACCUACCAGCUCCUCUUCAUGGUUUGCUCUAUUCAAGCAGCUUUGGAAUGGCUUCCCCCCACUCUUUCCUGCUUGCAGCACCUUGCUGAGGGAGGUCCCACCUGAAAACUCCUUCCUGGCUCAUCCCUUUGCAAAGAUACUCACAGCUUUUUAACCCAACAGCUCACCCAAAACUCCUGGGGCUGGAUGUUGGUCACUCCAGAGCACUUCAAAUGUCACUUUAUGAUGAUUUUUAAUUUUUUUUUUUCUCUAUAAAGACCAGAGGGGGAAGGGGCUGGCGUGGUAGGAGAGGAUGUGACAAAAGGGAUGUGAAGAAAGGGAUGGAAUUGCUGGGGAAACCAUUGAGGGGUUUGAGGAUGUUGUGAAAGGAGAAAAUCAGCCCCCUCCAGGUCUCGCUGCUUUUCCCUUGAGCAGGUCCAGUAAAACCUUGCACCACCUCCUUUUUAUGCUCCAAAACCUGGAAAUGUUUUUCCUUUUCCUCCUCCUCCUCCUCCUCAGCUUGGAUGUUAAAAUCCCCCCAUCCCUGAGCAAGGCUGUGUGGUGCCAGCGGGACCCUGCCCGAGGCCACCACUGUCCCCUCCGUGCCCCCACAGCCUCUUUGCUCCCCCUGCCCUCCCCAGGGGCCUCCCCAGCCCAAAUUCCCACAAGGAAUGGAGCUGCUCCCUCUUUGCCUCAGCCCUGGAGGUGCUGGGGUCCCCCUUUUCCCCCUGGGAUGGGGCACAGGGGGGUUCUGGAAACCCAAACCCAAACCCAGCCAGGCUUUGGGGUGUGCAGGAACUGUUUGGAUCUUGUCUUGGUCAGCAAAGCCUGAAGGAUGAUGAUGAUGAUGAUGAUGAUGAUGAUGGUGAUGAUGAUGAUGAUGAUUCCUCCUCAGACAGGACAGGGCUCUGCUGGUGAUGUAAACGAGGCCCCUCACGUGUGCACCACACUGCAGAAAUAAAGGAGAAAGCUCCAUGUCUGACCAAAACCA